GUUACAUUUGCAUGGCGCAUGAAAGCUCAUAAUCCAAAGCGAGGUCUUGUGGAUUUGCGCAGAUGGACAGAUUGAGAGAUAGUGAAGGCAAGCUAACGUUCAUCCUUGACACUUGAUACUCUAUGUUUAGAGAACAGAUGAAAUACAAUAAUUGCAGAUGAAUUCAUCUGACCUGAAAUCAUGUAACAGGUUGAAAAUCGAACAAAGGUUUUCUACCAGCUUGAGGCGUGUUUUUAUAAUCAAACUUAUGAAAUCAGCAAUCUCAAAGACAAAACAAUUAUUUAAUAAUCCUUUAGUGCAUAUUUAUUUUUGUAAAUUUUCCUAUUGGAUUGGAAGGUCAGCAAGGGAAGAAUCACACACACACACACACACAUAUGUUCCAACACGGGGCAGACAUAAGCAAGGUAUAAAAGGUAGCUUUACUUGUGUCCGAGAAGACACUCAUCACGCUCCGCAGGAAGUCGAGAAAAAGGUAAGAUUAGCUUUUAGAAUAUAUUUAAUAUAAAAAAAGCAAAUUCAGAGUCGAAUAAUAAUAAUGUUGAUGUACUUAUAACUAUAAGAACUGUAAGAUGAUAAUAACUAUAAGAGCAGUUCAGUUAAGAGCUUUCCUUCUUUUAUUAUAGCCAUCAUGUUUUGGACAAGAUACGCUGAAGCAAGCAUUUUCUUGUUCUUAACGAUUCUUCAUGUCGGACAACUGUAUUCAAGAAAUGAUGUGUCUGAAAAAAUGAUCAAAGAUGGAUGUGAAGAGUGCAAACUCGAGGUGAACAAACCUUUCACGUCCAUUUCACCCGGGGCUCCGGUCUAUCAGUGCGUGGGCUGCUGCUUUUCGAGAGCAUACCCCACACCCCUGAGGUCCAAGAAAACCAUGCAUGUCCCAAAAAACAUCACAUCAGAAGCCACUUGCUGUGUAGCAAAAGAAUUUAAAAUGAUCGUCAUCGCUAAUAUCCCACUAUACAACCACACAGACUGCCACUGCAGCACCUGUUUCUAUCAGAAGUCUUAAAACACACUCUCUUCACAUUUCUCAAAUGCUCAUUUCCUGUUCUUAAAUCACAGUGACUCAUGAAAUAUGUAAUUUUUAUGUAGCUUUCCGUAUUUACUUUCAACGGUGGACAUUUUAUUCAUAAAUGUUCAAACUGUUCUUUUAUAAAAUGGCUGGCAUAAUUGUUGUA